AUGGAUUCUAAGCUAUCAACAACUCACUCAAACUUCAAGAAGAAGAGAUCGCAGGCCGAAAUCCAACUUGAUAUAGAUAGGUACAAUGCACUCAUACGACUGAAUCCAGAUUUGGAGUGCGAUAUUCCACCAAGGAAAGGUGAGCAAAAGUCCAGACAAGCAUUUCAAGAAGUAAGAGCAAUACGAGCUAGACCAAGACGUACGAGAGUCAAAAUAGAAUCAUCCAACUCUAUUUCUGAGACAAACAAAGGACGAAGAAGGCGCACAAAUCGAAAGAACCUGACCGUAUUGAAAAGACCACUCUACGAUCCAGAAUUAACCGAAAGGCCAGUUUUCCCUAAAAAGACUGGCAACAAAGUGUUUCCAAAGCCACCCUCGUCAUACAAGGCAUAUAAUUACGAAGAUUACAUCUCUUUGACGAAGAACUACGAUGAUCUUAUUGAGCUGAUUACCAAAAAUUUGGAUUCCAUCGAUGUGUCUUUACAUCAUAAUUUUGUCCCCAAGAACAUAGAAGCAGAAGCAAAGAAACUUGAGAUAAGUAGUGAAUUUUAUGAAGGGAACUCUCAAGAAUUAAUGCGUGGUGAGAUGAUCAGUAGAGACCUAGAUCUGUUUCUCUUCAAUUUGGGGAGCCAGAUCGGAUUGAAGGACGUUCCAUUGGUAUGA